GUCGAUCCUUUGGGAAAGUCGAGCACCUUGUGAUCCCAGGAUCCAGGAAGAACCCCUGGACCCGCCUCCAAACGCUCACUGCGCCAGAGCCUCGCAAGAGCCGCUGUCAAAUCAGCUUUUAGGUGCCAGACAUUAGUGUCACCAAGGGUAUUUACUACAUUUCUUAUGUCCGUAUAGAACAACAACUUGGCAAUAUUCACUCAUUUGUUUGUUUGUUGUUGUUUUGUUUUUGCAUAUUUUAAGGAGUCGGUAAUCGUAAUCAAGGAAUCAUUUCUCCAGCAUACAUGAAAGAAAGAGACGUCGGUUAAAUUCUAUAGACGGUGAGGUAUCUGAAGCCGGACAUCUGUGAAAAGGGGAUAUAUCGUACGUCGGGAACUAUGUCACCCUGGACAUUCUGCAGAAUUGGAUGGACGGUGUUUUUUUACACUUUCUGCGGAAUGGCGUCAGGGUCCGGAACGAAACAAAGGGCACUGCGACUGAUGAGAGAAUAUCCACUUAUUGACGGACACAACGACCUUGCUCUGCAGCUAAGAAUCCUUCAUAAUAACAGACUGAACCAAAUCGACCUACACAAUAUUAGCAAUGUUGCCACAGAUAUAAAUCGUCUAAAAGAGGGACACAUUGGAGCACAGAUGUUUUCUGCCUAUGUGAUGUGCACUGCCCAGGAGAAGGAUGCGGUCAGACUCACCAUGGAGCAGAUUGACGUGAUCCAGCGCAUGUGCAGCGAUUAUCCUGAGCUCGAGCAGGUCACCUCAGCCCAAGGUCUGAGAAACUGCACAAAGAUUGCCUGCUUGAUAAGCAUCGAAGGGGGGCACUCCAUAGACAGCAGCCUGGCCACCCUGCGUAUGUUCUACCGGCUGGGUGUGAGGUCCAUGUCUCUGACGCACACGUGCAACACCCCCUGGGCAGAGUCAUCUUCGAGCAUCUAUGACUUUUAUCCGAGAAAAAACAAUAGCCUGACACCUUUUGGAAAGGAAGUGGUAUCAGAGAUGAAUCGGCUGGGGAUGAUCGUCGACCUGUCCCACACCUCCUGGGAUACGGCUGAGAAUGUUCUGCAAGUCUCCAGAGCCCCCGUCAUCUUCAGCCACUCGUCUGCCUUUGAAGUGUGUCAGCACCUGCGCAAUGUUCCCAACUGGCUGCUGGGAAUGCUGAAAAAAAACCGUGGGAUUAUUAUGGUCAACAUGCACAGUGGGUUUGUGGCCUGUGGUGAGAAGGGAAAUAUCUCCAUCGUGGCUGACCAUUUUGAUCACAUCAAAAAAGUGGUAGGAGCUGAAUCGAUAGGGAUCGGGGGGGAUUACGAUGGUGCUUCCAUAUUCCCUAAUGGGUUGGAAGAUGUCUCCAAGUAUCCUGCCUUGAUCCAGGAGCUUCUGCAGAGAAACUGGACCGAGGCUGAGGUAGCUGGGGUCCUGAGACUAAACUUCCUGAGGGUCUUUGAAGAGGUGGAGGGAGUACGAGACUCAUUGAAAGGGACGAGACCGAAUGAAGCUGAGAUCCCUUUGUCAGAAGCAAACAACCCCUGUCGCCUGAUUUUGAGACGACCCAAACUAAGCCAGGUUACUAACCGGGCUUUUUCUCCAAGUGCCAGUUUGAAUAUACUUUUUUUUAUCUUAGUGAUGGUAUUUCAUGAGACCAGUCAGGUUCUUAUGUGCUGUGGACUGUGAACCAAAGCUAUGGAGAGCAAAGCAGACAAUCAAGGUAUCCAUUUCUCUGCAUAUCUAUGUUAAUUCUUUUUAAAUUAUAUAACCAGUGACCUGUAUGGCAGAGGUCGCAGUAUGUCGCAUGAAAUGCUUCAGUUUUCUGUGGAGGCAUCGCGUAGCGAGAAUCAUGUUGACGCUGUCCACAGCAUAAGUGGGAUAAGUGUAGUACUAGAUAAACAUCUACAUUUUGAAGCAGCGAUGACCUCAGACAUUUUGAAAAUGUUUGAUCCUCUGCCGAAUGGUUUUUGAAGACGUGUAUGUCACUUUAAUGGUUCGAUAAUAAGUAACUCAGUAUUUAUCUAUUUAUAUAGUCAGGGCUGUUAUUUUUAUAAUCCCACACGCGGAGCAUUUUGAUUUUCACACAUUGCAAGUAAUGAAUUUUGGUAACAAUUUAGCUUAAAGGCUGCUCCUAAACUUUUAAAACUGUUACCAAUCAUUCGAUAAUUUAUUAAUAGAAGAUUCACUCACAAACAAAUUAAAAACUGCAUUGUGUCCAUCUGAAACCACUCAUGGUACAAAACAAGCUUCUAAAUCACUUGCAAAUAUAAAACAGGGGAUAACAAGACAUACUCAAAAUGAGUUAUUACUGAACAUUUACAAGGUCUUUACUAAACACUGUGCAGGAUAGGAGUAGGAUAUCUUUGUAAGACAUUCUAAAAUUUGAUUGUAGGUGGAUCUUUUCAUUUAAUAAUAUACAGAUGCUCCUUUAAUUAUGAACUUUCAACUUAUGAGCUUUCAGACAUACGAACGAAGAGGACUGUAAGUCCAAAUUAUGUUCCUUGGGCUCCUGUUUCCUGUCCGCAGCAUCACAUUUUUUUUAUACGCGGCAAUUCCACCCAGUACGACUUCUGUCCGCUACUCCCACCGCGCAGCAGCGUAGCGUACGUACUCCCAGCACCCUAGUUCUUAGUACUUGCCUAUACCCUUAAAAUGAUCUUGAAUAGCGACUUACGAACAUUUCAAGUUACGAACGGCCAUUCGGAACGUAUCUCACUCGUAAGUAGAGGAGCAUCUGUAUUAUUGAAUAAUUAGUAACAGUUUGAUAAUAGUUAAGGAGCAGACUUGAAACUAAAGUGUUACCAGUAAAAUUUUUAUAUUUUAAAUAUAUAUUUUCUUAUAUAUACUUUUAAAAUUAAUGUAUAUAUACUUUUUCCAUUUACACUGUUGGAUAUUAAUAUUUUAUUGCAAAAAUUAUGCUUGGUUCAUUCUAGUACCAAAAUGGAUGGAGCUUCACUGUACGGAAUGUUUAAAUAAAUAUGUUGCAUAUUUAUGUAACAUGCACUAUA